CAAACAUGGCGUCGACAGAGACAGAGCAGCUGUGAACUGAACUUGGCAUUUGCUUCAUCAUCUUAAUGUUACAUGUUGGUUGUAACAGUUGUAAGAGAACAUUGUUUAGAAUAAACUAGGAUGUUAAACCAAGUGUGAUGUGAAUGAGUAAAAAGAAAAGGACCCAACAUAGUGCUAAUGAGGCGUAGAUCUAGAUAUAAUGUGAAUGAAAAAAAUAAUGUUUUCAUGAGUGGCACAAUCUUGCUCUCUCUCUUUUUUUUUCACUCCUUGGCAUUCUAAACAUUGAUUGACCAACCCAGGUAAUGACUUAACUGGGCUAGACCAGCUGUAGUCUGGUCAAAUCCAUCUAUUCGCCAGCCCAAAGCAUGAAGAGCUUGUCUAAAAAUAUUCUGUUUAUAUGGAAAUAAUUACCAGCCAUAAAAGAAGAAUGGACAACUUGACUGAGAUUUUUAACAGGCUAACAAGCAACUCCUGGAUGACAGCUGCCUUAAACAGUACCUUGGUUACAUCCACUUUAGAGUCCGUUUAUUUUUUUCCUCCAAUCUACUACUUCUUGAUGUUUAUACAGCGGUAUAUGGAAUUUAUGAUGGACAGGAUGGUGCUAGCUCUGGUAGCCUUUUUAAUGGGAAUGACAGUUAUGUUUUUGGCAGAGUCUUUAGCAUUGUAUUAUAUAUAUAAACGUUCUUCUGUCCUUCCACCACCUACAUGUGAACGUCCACGGGCUGUGCUGCCAGAGGUAUUGAAAUCAAGAAUAACACAGCCCAAUUUAAAGCAAAAAGAAGACUGUAUAUGGUUAAAUUUUUUUUUUCAGUUUCUUUUUCAUGAGCUUAAGGAUUCAUUGAAUGUGAGAAGGUUGAUCACAAAGAAAAUACAAGUAGAAUUUGAGGAGCUGCUAAAAAGUAAAAGUGGAGUCUUUAUGGAUGAACUUUUUCUAAGAGAUUUUCAUCUUGGAGAUAAGUUUCCUGUAAUUAUGGCUAUGACAGUAGAGAAUGUUGAUGUUCAAGAUGACAUUAUACGUACUUUAGAUUUGAAAGCUCACUUGGUUUAUGAUGGAGGGCUGAAAAUUGCCAUUGAUGCAGCCCUGCCUUUGGCGACUACAGCUUAUAUAUCGAUCAAAGUUAUCAAAAUCCGAGGUGUAGCCAGGCUUCAGUUUACCAAUGUACCAUACACACAUUGGUCAGUGUCUUUCUAUGAGGAACCAGAAAUAGAAUUAGAAGUAACUGCACAAUUAGAUGGAAGAAGUAUGCCUAAAUUAAAAAAUAUUAUUGCCAAUCAAAUCAAGAGAAUUGUGCGUAAAAAACAUACAUUACCUAUGUACAAGAUGAGAUUCAAACCAUUUUUCCCUCCAUCUAUUGAUCUUGCAAAAGAAUCUGUUCAGCGGCUUCAGUUACAUGGAACAGAUAUUGGUUGUGGCAUUUUAGAAGUGACUGUGGUUGAGUGCACUCGAUUGUCAUUCUUGGCCAGAAACUCAAGGCUCUACUGUGUUUUGUCAGUAGAUAAGAAACCAUGGAAACAGAUACUGUCAGAAAAAAGAAUUUCUCAAAAGCUUUUGACUAUUGAGUUGAUUAAGUCAGGUCAUGACAAUGCUGUUGGCAUGCUAGUCAAAGAUGAAAUAUGGGAGGACAGGCUUUUGCCAGUUGUUAUUGUGGAUGAAGUCAGUGUUGGAACUCCAGCACACAUAGCUGGAGUUAAGGAGGGAGAUAUAUUGAUAGGUGCCAAUGAUAUUAAAAUCACUUCAGCAAAACAAGCUUCAAAAGUUCUUAAGUGGGGCAAAGACAACAGACUCAGGUUACAAAUAGACAGGGAUAAAUAUGAAAACCCACUAGAAUUCUUAGGUCUGAAUAGAAGAGCAAGUAGCUGGCAUAGUCAGCAUUUAGUUUCUAAGGAAACAGAGAAAAAAGGCACUGAAGAUUUGAUGGCUCGCUUGUCAGUUACUGCUGUGAAGGAAGAUAAAACAGAUUCAAAUGUCAGACACACUGUAUAUAAAGAAGGAUCAGAAAAUCCAAAGUGGAACCAGAAGUUUAUAUUUUCCAUUGAUUCAAACCAUAACUAUCUAAAUGUGUGUGUUUGGUGUAAAGGUGGAGAUCGAAGUGAUAAACCUGAGUUAUUCAAGUGGUCUAACCAUGAUGUUUUAAUUGGAUAUAUUAGCUUAAAUCUUGAUGAUAUAUGUCUUCACUGUGUAAUGACUUUAAAUGGCUCAUUACGAGAUCGUUUUAGUUUGAGACAUGGCCAUUACAAAACAGAAGAAGAACUUGUCAAACUAUGGUCUGUGCACAAAGGCUGGGAUCCCAAUCAAAUGUAUGGUGAUAUUCACUUAGAUUUCUGCUUUCACCCUUAUUUUCUAACAACACAACAGAGACGUUCCUUGGCCAGCUGUAGAGCAGAGGCAGUGAAGCUUCAGGAUGAGUUGUUCAUGAGAACUGCUGGGGGUGCUCAUUACUAUGAUACAACUAUAAAAAAAGGACAUAAAAAAAAUGCCAAAGAAGGUCAUCAUCAGUUUGACAGUACAAACUUUACCACAGCAACAUUUUGUGAUUUCUGUGGCAAAAAGAUCUGGAUGAAAGAAGCCUUUAAGUGUAAAAUCUGUCAGAUGGUUUGCCAUAGAAAAUGUUUGGCUAAAUGUCUUAUAAAUACUAUCUGUACUGAGCAAGGUGCUCAGAAAAAGUUAUCCACGGAUCACUUUGAACCUUGGGUGCCAUUAAAUGAUCCUGGCAAAAUCAAACCAGCAGAAGAUUUAAGGGAAAGUUAUGUUUCAGAAGAAUUUUCUAGCAGAGAUGAUUCUGUAAGUGAGUUGAGUUCUGAGACCCGACAACUAUUUGAAGCAUUGUACAAUGCUGAGUCACCAAAUGAUAUAAUGGACUUAAUCAAUACUCCCAUCCCUCCCACCAGCAGAUUCAAGUCAUUACAAGAUCAAACUGAGAGAAUGAAGGACAGUGUAAUGAAACAUUUGAAGAGAAGCACUAAGGCUUCCAAUUCUCUUAAUGAUAAGGCUAUAAUGCUUGCCAAGGAAGCAGGGAUUAAACUGUUUGCAGAUAUGGAUGUUUUACUUCGCCGAGAUAAACUUAAUGAAUUGAUAACCAAUCUUGAUGGACAAAUGAAACUUGAGAUGCAGACUAAAGAUUUACUGGAGAAAGAAUUGAUACUUAUAGAAGCUGCUGAGAAAAAAAGUUCCAGCCCAAAAAUCCAAUCAGAAAUUAAAUCGUUACAGCACAAGGUAGUCAAAUCAAGUGAGAAGCUUGAUGGCAUGAGUCUUCUGAUGCUACAGUACUGCUCAGCUCUACAACUCUGUCUCAAUACCCUAGAAAAGGAAGAAAAUGAAAGCAUGCAGAUUGCAUCUGCAAGUAAAAAUAUAGAAUCUUUAGGAUCUUCAAAAGCACCAGUUAGUCCAAAGAUAGCCAGUAAAAGUACAAGAUCAGCAGUCACUGGUUUUGUGAAACGUGCAGGCACUACAAUGAAAGAAAAGGUUACAUCUAUAAAGAGAGAUUUUGGUAGAAAAGGAAAAUCAGACAAGGACUCUCCUUCUCAAAGCUCUAACAACAAUACAGGUUUACUCACUGUAUCAGAGAAUGUUGACUUAGUCUUAGUAGUCAGUGGCUCAGAUAAAAUUGAUUUAAUCCCAGCAUCUGAAAUCUUAGAAAAGGCUCAGGCCUCUGUAACAUCACAUGUGAACAUCAUAGAUGAUGUAGAAAUGAUUGAAGUGUAUACUGACAUCAACAAGAAAGAUGCAGAAAAGGUUGACACACAAGACACAGCUGAUUCAAACAUGAAAAUCUCAGAAACUCAAGAUAAAUUGAAAGUUAAGAAGUGUGUGAAGACCAAAAAUUAUUUGAACCGAUCUAAUUCAGAUUCUGAGUUAGAAGUUAACAAAACACUUAGCUACAGUCCUGAAGAGAGCCUGCUUUACCGUGGCAACUCCUUACCCAAAAUGUGUGUAAAUGACGACUCAGAUUCAGACUCUGACUUUUUAGUGAUUGACUCAACUGAUGAUGAUGCUGAAGUUUCUGACAGUUCAGACAAUGAAGAUGUAUCUAUACCUAGUAACCAUUUGAAACAUAGCUACGGUCUUGCAAUAAAGAAAAAAUAUGGUGCUUUUAAAGAAUAUAGUAAUGAUGAUUCUGAAACACAGCAUCAUAGCACUAAUCAACCAUCAACUUUUUUGAUUUAAUCUUAAACUUAUUUCUUUUAUUGUAUUUGAAAAAAACAUUUCAGGUGAAUUAACUUAGAUUAAUUGUUCAAAAAAUUCAUUUCAAAACAUUUAUUUUCUGGCUUUAUCUUUUUGCUGCUGUAGUACAUUUCCUUUUACAUUCUUUCAUCUACUAGGACUAAGGCUUUGGAAGUUGUAGAUCUUUAGAGUACUCAUCAGUUACAAAUGUGUUUUUUAAUUGCAUAGAAUGUAUUUUAAUAGGUAUAUAACUAUAACUUUUAAUUGGAAUGUAUUGUAAUAGUUAUACCACAAACAAUGUGUUUUAAUCAUUUACAACUAUAACUUUUAUUGCAGGGAAUGUGUUUUCUACAUACAACUAAACAUCUUACUCACUUUUUAAUAAGAAGUAUACAUGAACAUGUUGAGUUCAUUAAAUAUAGUAAAGGUCAUAUCAUAAGUGAAACAAGGUGUAGGCCACAAUUUCUAACAACUAUCUACUACUAUAGAGGACAAAAUUCAUAGUUUAAAUGUGAUUUUGAUAUACAGACCCAAGUGAUGCAUCCACAUUUUGACAAGAAACAAAACAUUUCUUUGAACUGCAUCUGUCUGAAUGUAUGAGAGACUAGGUCCUAUACUUGUUGACUAGAAUAUAUUUGUUUGUACAGGAAUUGACCUCAUUCCAUUCUUUUACUCUAGAUGACCAAUAUUAUUUUCCAGAAGUUUUUGUCUUAUACAUUUUUUUUUACAAUUUCUCUAAUUAAUUAACUUUACAGAUAACUGGACAUUUUUCUUUUACUAAUGAAACAAACCAUAUCAUGUAAAGAAUCAUGUCUAAUAAACAUGUCAGAAGAUUCUUAUAUAUUGUUCUAUAAAUACUUUAUUAAUAUUUUUUUAAGUGUAUAUUUUUGUUGAAACCUUUUUGUUGAGUAUUUUUUUUAACCACUGAGAAAUACAACCAGAACUUGUACUGAUUAGAACUCUAGGGCUUACAUUUUACUCUCCUAUUUUUAUUAAUAAUGUUUUACUCA